UCAUAUGAGACGGACGUAGAGCUCCUGGUUGCAAGUGAAGAAAACGACAGAAGCAGAAAAAUCCAAGUAACCGAUUUUUUUUUUAAAUAUCAAACGAAACAAACCCUAACACAACGUUGAGAAGGAAUCGAAGUGGACCAGGAAACAAGUCUCGGUAACAUUGAAGAAUCAGAACAAGAAGUAAAGGGUGAACUUUAAGAAAGUGAAAAGAAGGACGUUAGAAGAGCUCUGUGGAGAGAACACGUUAAGACUUGAGUUGAAAGGCGCUCGUGAAGAAAGCCAGCCAUGCAGACGAGGAAGCUGUUGAGUUGGCUGUGUUGUGUGAUGCUCGCCGUCAGCACUAUCGCAGCGCCCGUAUCGGAAAAACACGCAAAAGAAGCGAAAGACACGGCCGAGGUGAAACGGAAUGCGAAUAGGGUGGAAGAUCAAGAAAAGGAACUUGAAAGUUUAGUAGCACUUGCAGAAAAACCAGCGAAAUCAAAUAUGCAGAAUGUUGCCAUUCACAAGAGUCGUGUGGUCCACUACGAAAACACGGAUGGAAAAGAAAUCAAGUCUGAGCAGACGGAAGAGAAAGUUACAGACACGGUGACGGGGGAGAUGUUAUCCGACAUCAAACAGGAAGUUGACACUGGGAAGGACGAGACUGGGAAACCGGAAACUGUGGUGGAGACCAAAGUGGACAUCCCGGGCCAGGACAUCCACAAGUCUUUCUUCAGUACAGGGGACCAGAGUGAGCAGAAUGAGCUGAGUGAGCAGGGCUGGCAGGUACAAGAUAACCUGCACGGCAUUGAAUUCACGCCAACAGCGAUAGCCGAGUAUCUGAUGAAGACGUGGGACUUUGACAACUUCUACAAAGCCCUGGACGAGCUCGUCGACUCGUCAAUAAUGAGUCACGACGAAGCCGAGAAGUACGAACAGGACGUGAUCCGAGAAUACCAGCGCAUCUCCGGCGACUACAACAACGUCAUGGACGAUGUUCCUCCGUUUGUGUCUCAGGGGUUCGGCAUGGCUGACGAGGAGAUUGACAAGAGGACGAUGCCGUACCCAGACGACCUGUACAACGAGUACUACGGAGACGAGAGCCAGGCGGCCGACCAGCUCCAACUGGGGGAGGUGCAGCCAGACAGCGAGGGCGAGCCCGAGACGGUGGAGUCCGCCCUGGACGAGCUGCUCGAGGACUGGUGGGUCCAGGCGUUUGAAGCAGGAGAACCUCGCGCCCAAGCUCUCGUCAAAUACCUCUAUGACGUGGUCGCCCACGACAACAACCCUGAUGACAUGGGGCAGAUCAAAGAACUCUUGGCCGAAAUGCUCGCCAACGCCUUACUCGAGGAUCUCAGCGUUCAAAAAACGUUCGAGGAGCCAAGUUUGAAAGUGAAAGAGACCAAUGAGAAACGAUCACAAGUGGAAGCCACCAAUCAGGAGGAAGAAGACGACACGCCAUCUGAAGAGAUGCAAUCUGGUGGUGAAGUUGCGCUGUCAGGGGAGGAAACCGCAGCAGAACAGCCAAAAGACCAGGAGAAGGAAAACAGUGCGGGAAACGAUACACCCAAAACUGAAGAAAAGACAGAGAAAACAGAAGAGAAACCUGACAAGAAAGCAGAUACGCAGGUGAAGAUGUAAUUACCGACACAGUGACGACGAAGAUGACGUCAUCUGUCUGUUAUCUGCUGUCUGCUACCUUCAGUGUAUUCCAACAUAAAACAAAACAAAAGACAAAAUCGAAGAUCGCCCGCCGAGUGGGUGAACCUAAAAACCGGAGGACAUCUUGACAGUUUGUUUUCGAGUAUGCUGGAACACCGAAUCGAAUGCGCUCCAACUUUCGAUUCGAAUUCUACGUCAUCUCUUUCUGUCUGAUGUCUUUGACUCUCUGCUCAUGUGAUAGAAAAACACGAAGCACAACAAACCCUCUGCACUGACUGGUCACAUUCUAAAUAUAGUAGUAACAUAUAAAUCGUCCUGUGUGUGCUCGCCAUUAGUUCGAGUACUGCAAGGACAGAGACACAGGGCCGUAGGAACCAGGGGUGGAACUGGCAGAGAGCCGGGUAUUUGUGUCCAGCUGAGCAUAACCUCUUCUUUUUGGGCCUACCAUAUUAUUUAAAAACAAAAUAUGUUUGUGCUCCCUACCCCCAUUAUAUCGUAUGUUCCUUGUGUUUGUACGUCCUGGGCACGGGAGGUACAGGUACGGGGGGGGGGGGGGGAUGAGCUCUGCUACUUGACAAACGUAUAAGACACUCGGAUAAUAAGUUAACUAUUUUCAUGAUGAAAAUUAGGCGAAAUCUCACACAGAUCUACACUUAUCAAACUAGCCCCCCCCCCCCCCCCCCCCCCCUAAAACAAACCCUGCCAACUGGCGAUAUAUAUUUUUGCAAGCAGGUCAUUGAUGAUGGUAAUGGUGAAUUAAAGUAAUACCUGACGUCUGGCCAAUGAAAACUGAAGACCAAACCAAACGGACCAAUCGUUAUCAGUUACUUAAAUGCAGAGGGUGUGUUGUGACAACGAGGCUGUGCAUAAAUUACGUUAUAUUUUUGUUGAACAAAGUUAAAUAUACAUAUUUAUAUAUACAUAUAUAAAGAUAUUAUACCAUUCCUUGCUUUACCGGAAGAACAGAAAUAGAAGAAAAAAAGCAGACAAAAAGAACUAUUCUCGUUCCUUACAUUACAUUUAGUUUUGUUUUAUUUACUGGAUAUUUUAGUGAAAAUAUUGCAUUUAUUUUUCUUCCAUAUACACACAAAUGUUACAGAAUAUGUAUAUUGUAAUUUUAUAUUUUAGUAACCGAACGUGUGAUGUGUAAAAUAUUAAUUUUUUCUGCCAAUAUUCUGCUGACGUAGUAAAAUAUCACUGAAGUAGUUAAUAAAUUAUAAACUCUUUAAUCCGUCAUACUAUAUCUGGGAUUCCUUAUUACUAUAUCUGGUAUUCCUUAUUGCUAUAUCUGGGAUUUCUUAUUGCUAUAUCUGGGAUUCCUUAUUGCUAUAUCUGAGAUUCCUUAUUGCUAUAUCUGGGAUUCCUUAUUACAGUUUUCAAAACCCAGUAUCAAGAUUUGUCGCUGUCUCUGCUAGUAACAUGUUAAAACUUGUGGCUGGGAUUGGCGUUAGGUCAAUGGUAAACCGCUCGCCUCUCGUUCUAUAAUAUUUUCCCAUUCCAGCCUAUGUGGAACGACUGCUAUAUUUCUGAAAUAUAUAUUGCCGUUAUUCUAUAGGAUUCGCCGGUCGCUUGUUAUAUCAGAUACCAACAAAACGUCAUUUUUCAUUCAUUUCAUUUCAACUUAUUUUCGUGCUUAUAUCCAAUUAAGGUUCAAGCACGCUGUCUUUGGCACACACCUCAGCUAUCUGGGUUGUCUGUCCAGG